ACAUAAUGGUUUCAUGUAAACUAUUUUAUUUUAAGAAUAUUCUCCCAUAUACUACGGUUUUCACGAAGCCAUCAAGCUGUUAAUUCUAACUUAUUCCAAGAUUACAUCAUUUGAUGACUCUCAGACACACACAAAAUAGAAAGAAUAACCUGAGAUAAAUAAUAGGAAAACAGCAUAAUGCCAAAAACUCCUUUUUGUUCUUUUAUCAAAAUUGAUGAAAACAAGGUAUUCCACCAUGCAUAUAUCCUUGAAACUUUCACAACCAGCUGUUGCUUGCACAUACAAACUUCACCAUGUUAGGUCCAUUAGUGUCCUACAAAUAUUCCACACAACUUACUCUACAAAAACAGGAAAAAAAAUCAUUGUUUUUCUUCUCUUUUGGUUCCGUAGUACAAAAAUGGAAGAAAAUACUUAUGAGACGGAAAGCGCCUCAACUCGAAGGCCAAGAUCAAUGGAAGAUGAAGAGGACAUAUCUAAACAAGAUGUACAUAAAGUAGGGAUGAAGCUCCAGAGGGAUGAUCAUGAGGAGGAUUAUAGAGGAUCAUAUGGAGGAGAUGAUCAAGAGAUGAAACCAACAAAAACUGAAGUUUUGGGAUGGCAUUUGUAUGGGAUGUGCUCCUACUUCAUUCACACUGUGUUAAUUCCAAUUGUUUUUCCCCUCAUAAUCAGCCAGACUUUGUCUUGGCCACAGCAACCUCAGCUUGGCAUUGUGAAGAAUGCCAAGGGAUUGGAGUGCAGACAAAGGGAGUUAGAACUGUAUGAAAUGUUAACAAAACACAGAAUAAAUCUCUCUGGUAUUGAGUAUUCAGCAUUGGAGUGGACCUCAAUGUCUUGGAUGAUUGGCCUAAUUCUAGCAGCACCAGUUCUUGGAUUUCUUUCCAUCCACCUAGACUAUGGCAGAAACCAACAGCUCAUUGCAGCUGCAUCAACAGCCAUAGGAGCAUUGUUCUGUCUUCCAGCUGGAUUUUUCAAGACCAGAUGGAUCUUUCCACCAUAUAUCGCUGCUAUUGUUGCUGCCAACACCAUUGCUUCUUCCUGUCAUGCCCGCCACCUUGGCCUAAUGGUCCGAGGCCUUGUUGGUUCACCUGUCCGGAAAAGCCAAUUCCCGGAUAGAAGAGCUGUGGCUAGUUGGCUUUCCCUUCAUUCCACUACUGCUGGCUGCUUAGGUGCUGCUAUUAUGUCUGCUUUUACCUACCAUAUGCUCAGGAAAUCUGAUAGCUUUACUAGCUUGUGGGUUGUGUCUAUCUUUAGUGGCCUAAUUUGGUUUAUUGGAAUGGUUCACAUUGCUACCUCAAAUCGACCUGGUCAAAAUGCAGACUUGCACCCAAAUUCUGCUCCGAAAACUCAUGUCGUUUCGAUUUUCAAGUACCCUCAUGCAACUGGAAGUCUUGCUGGAGUUUUCCUUUCAUCUUUCACAACAAUGUGCAUUUUCACAGCAGGGGUACUUUAUUCGAUUGGAGACCUUUGCAUUCAACCAGUGAACAUAUUGUACCUUUGGCUUACCUAUUUUAUCUUCCCAUUGGUUUCUCUUCCACUGAUUCAUCCACUGCAGCAACUUAUAAGAGCUGAUGCAGUGAAAAUGCAGCUUCUUGGAUUCAUACUAUCAGCAAUUGUCUCAGGAUUCGGAUUCUACUAUCGCCACGAUGAUUGGAAUAAAGUUCACAUAUUCAUCUUUGCUGCAGUUCAAACUACUGCCACAGGUGUGUUGCAUGCAUUUGGUAGAGUUCUUUGGUUGGAUUGCUCACCAUCUGGUAAAGAAGGUGCAUUUUCUGUUUGGUUCUCUUGGGUGAGAGCUUUAGGGACUUGUGCUGGUUUUGCACUUGCAUCAAGUUCACCUCUAAACAUUGAAAUGUCAUUUGGAGUUGCAUUUUGUGCUGCAAUUCUUGGAAAAAUCAUUCUUAUAUUUGGGAAUAUCAGUAACAUUGGAGGUGCGAAAGCUGCAGGACAUGUUAAAGAGUAUAGUGAGAAAGGUUCACCAGUGCCUGCUGGCUUGGAUGGUGGUGUUGAAAUCAAGGUGCCUGUGUCGACAGAAGUUCAAAAAGAAGUAAAAGUUCAAAUCUAGUGAUGUAUUUAAAUGCUACUAAUAAUUUUUUGUGCUUUUCCAUUUUUUGUCUUUUGUCUUUGGUUGCUUCAAAAGAAUAUUUUUACUUACAUUACCUGCAUGAACAAAGUGUAUGUAAAAUCUACCUAAUGCUAUAUGUAUCAUGGAUUUUAUCUGAGAA